ACUGUCUCACUGCCGCUGCCGGGCGCCCGCACCAGCCUGCUGUGGUCACACUUGUGACUUCCUGCAUGCUAGAAUAGAUGUUCAUUUGACGUUUUUAAAAUUUUAGUGCUGAAAUCAAAAAAAAAUUGCUUCAAGUAUGACUAAUAAUCCAGUUAUUGAUUUAUUUGACGAUCCAAGUAAAAAGUUUGUUAAAAUAUGUGCACCAAUGGUCCGUUACAGCAGACUGCAAUUCCGGAAAUUGAUUCGUUUGUACGAAUGUGAUUUAUGUUUCACACCAAUGAUAAUGGCUGAUUGUUAUGUUAAGUCAGCUAAGGCCAGAGCACAUGAAUUCCAAACUGAUACAGAUGAUAGACCACUUAUUGUACAAUUUGGUGCCAAUAAUUCAUCUGAUUUUGUAAAUGCUUCUAAUUUGAUCAUUCCAUAUUGUGAUGGAGUUGAUCUUAAUUGUGGCUGUCCACAAAGAUGGGCUCUAAAUGAAGGAUACGGAGCACACCUACUAAAAAAUCCAGAAAUUAUCAAAGACUGUGUACGUCAAUUACGGAAUCAUUUACCCUCCAACAAGACUAUAUCAGUUAAAUUAAGAUUACUUGAUGAUCAUAGAAAGAGUGUAGAUCUUUGUCAACAAAUUGAAGCUACUGGGGUGUCUUUUAUUACAGUCCAUGGACGAACAGCUAUUCAAAAGAAUGAACCUAUUGAUCAAGAAUGCUUGAAACUUAUUAACGAAUCUGUUAGUGUUCCAGUAAUUUUAAAUGGUGAUAUCAAAAGUUUAUCAGAUGCUAUCACAAUGCAAGAAUAUACUGGUUGCAGAGGAAUGAUGAGUGCAAGAGGCAUAUUACACAACCCUGGUUUGUUUGCUGGCCAUCAAAGUACUCCACUCUCGGCUGUUCAAGAUUGGUUAAAUAUCAAACAUACUAAUUUCUUGUGGUUUCAUCAUCAUUUAGUAUUUAUGUGUGAACGUUUACUUCCUAAAACUGCGAGAAAAACUUUCAAUCAGUUACGUACAGCAUCAGAUGUAGUAUCAUUUUUAGAAGACCAAUUGCAUAUAUCAAAUGUUCUUCCUAGCAAUAGAAUAUUAGGGAAGGAACUUGGUGGAACUAGUGGUGCGUAUUAUGAAAAUAUAGCUACCGAAGAAACAGUUUCUUCUCAACCUGAAGAUAUUGUAGACAGCAUAAUCAAUUUAUUUGAUUGAAUAUAUUCUAAUUGUAUACACAUUAUUAAAUAGUUAUUACAUUAAGCAAAACAUAUUUUUUGAAUA